UUUGUGAAGGGGAGGGCAAAUAUCAGGUUUACUCUAUAAAAGAACCGUCACCGCCCGUCAAACUGGAAAACCACGGGGCGUCUGGCAACACGCUGAUUGUGAGGAGAGGGGCCACGCAUCGACACAACAGCAGCCGCAGCCAUGAAACUCCACGUUCUUGUCUUCCUUCUGCUCUUCACAUGCAUGUGCCUGAGUCUGGCACAAGGUACGGGCUCGUACGGUAACUGCUGCCUCGGCCAUGUUCAACGCACAAAUGGGCUUGUGAGGAAGAACAUAGAGAGUUACAGGAUCCAGGAAACAGAUGGCGAUUGCAACAUCAGAGCUGUUGUGUUUUCGAUGAAGAAGAAGCGCGGAAACACAAAGAAAAGGACAAUCUGUGCCAAUCCCAAUGACGACUGGGUGCAGCAGCUGUUGAAGACUCUUGAUAACAAGAAAAACAUAAACGUACAACAAUGAGGAGAAAAGAAGAGUGGGGAUCCUCGAUUUCACCAUCAUCGAUUUCCAUCAUCACUUAGGAGAUGGAUCACAUCACCUUUCUCGAGAUGAGGAAAUUCCUGUAGCUGAAAGUGAAAAUAAAUCAUGUAUACAGAGCACAUGAUUAUGACAUAUAUAUCAUAUUGCAUCCUCAGUGUCAGAUAAAAGUAGCAGCUUUCAUUUCUAUGAGCCAUCACGGUCACUGCUCAGUGACGUGGAAAACCUGCGAUGAAUGAGCCACAUUUGGGCAACUUUGUAAUGUGUAUCUGCAUGAGUGCGCAUUUGUGUGUUCACUGUGUAUGUAAGAAAAUACUGACAUUUCAUUUGUGGUAUAAUACAGAUUUCCAUAUUUUUGUCACCACUAUAUGUGUACUUUGCAUUUUACUGUCUAAAUUAAUAAAACAAACAAGCAAACAAAAAAAAAAAA